AUGGCGGGCAAGGAAGCGACCGUGUACAUCGUGGACUGCGGUCUGACGAUGGGCGAGAGGAGUCAUGGCCGAAAAGAAACCAACCUCGAAUGGGCUCUGGAAUAUGUAUGGGACCGCAUCACCAGCACUGUCGCCACCGGACGUAAGACAGCCCUGGCCGGUGUGGUCGGCCUGCGAACAGACGGCACCUCCAACGCGAUGGAAGACUCCGAAGGCUACGAACACAUCAGCGUCUUGCAAGAACUGGGGCAAGUCUUGAUGCCGCACAUUCGCACUCUCGCUCAGAACCUUGUCGUAAGCUCGACAAACGCCGGGGAUGCCAUCAGUGCGCUUGCAAUUGCUGUUGGCAUGAUCGUGAAGCAAUGCAAGAAGUUACAGUACGCCCGGAAGAUCGUCCUCAUCACGGACGCCAGGGGAAAUAUCGAUGCCGAAGACCUGUCGCAGAUCGUCUCGAAGAUGAAUGCCGACAACAUGGAGCUGGUUGUUCUCGGCGUGGACUUUGAUGAUCCCGAAUACGGCUUCAAGGAGGAAGACAAGGACUCCACCAAAGCCGACAAUGAAGAGAUCCUCCGGGCUCUGUGCAACGACUGCGCCACGGCCACCUUCGGCACUCUCGCACAAGCGAUCGACGAGCUCGGAGUCCCUCGAGUGAGAAGUACGAAGCCAGUGCCUUCAUACAAGGGCUCCUUGACGCUUGGCAAUCCAGCGGAGUACGAAACGGCAUUGACGAUUGCGGUCGAGCGAUAUCCGAAGGUCAUGCAGGCAAAGCCCCCAACAGCAUCAAAGUUCGUGAUGCGGGGAGACAUGGCAGCAACACAGCCUACACAGGCAUCAUCCACGCUACCCAAUGGUGAAGCUGGUGCCAACGACGGCCUUGCUGGGGUGAAACAGGCCAGAACCUACCAGGUCGUGGACGAGAAUGCUGCAGGCGGCAAGAAGGAUGUCGAGUACGACGAACUGUCCAAAGGUUACGAAUACGGCCGGACAGCUGUUCACAUCAGCGAGAGCGACCAGAAUGUCACGAACUAUGAGACCACUGCUAGUUUUGACAUUGUCGGUUUCGUGGACAAGAACAAGUAUGAGAGGUACCUGGACAUUGAUCGAUCGAAUCUAAUUGUAGGCGCCAAGCACGAAGACAAAACGACAAUGGCCUUGUCCUCGCUCAUCCACUCACUGUACGAGCUGGAGUCGUACGCUGUUGCUCGGCUGGUUGCCAAAGACAACAAAGGCCCAAGACUGCAGCUUUUGGCACCUCACAUCGAGCCCGACUUUGAGUGCCUUUACGAUAUUGAGCUGCCAUUCGCAGAAGACGUCCGAUCGUACAGGUUUCCGCCUCUCGAUCGUGUAGUCACCGUCAGUGGCAAGACUCUAUCAGUGCACCGCAAUCUCCCAAGCGACGAGCUGCAGGACGCCAUGAGCUCGUUGGUCGACAGCAUGGACCUCUCUACAUUCGGCAAAGACGAUGAAGGCAACGAAGCAGAGUAUGCUCCAUUGGACGAGACCUACUCGCCCAUGCUCCACCGCAUCAACCAAGUGACGAAGCACCGUGCCGUGCACCAGAACGACGACCCGCCAGAGCCGUACGAGAUCCUUACCCGCUACGCCCACCCUCCAGCAGAGCUCGUGAAGCAAUCUCACAAGCAGCUCGACCGAGCCAUCAAGGCCGCCGACGUGAAGAAAGUCCCUCCCAAAGCCCGAGGGAAGCGCUUUGGCCGUAAAGGUCGGGAGGAGAAGCCGCUUUCAGAUCUCGACGUCGGUGCUCUGCUGGCGACAGAUCCGAAGCGCAAUACCAAACGCAUCGAUCCAAAGAACGCCAUUCCGGAGUUCAAGCAGUUCCUUUCCACAGGUGCUGAUGACCUUGCAGCUGUCCAGGACGCGGUGAAGCAGCUUAAGAACAUCAUCUUCGACUGGAUCAAGCAUUCUUUUGGCGACAGCGGAUACGGUAAGGCUGUCGAAGCGAUCCGAGUGAUGAGGGAAGAGAUGAACGACCUCGACCGCCCUGCCAUGUACAACGACGUGAUGCAAGAGCUGAAGCAGAAGCUGGCGAAGGAGGAGUUGGGUGGUGAUGGCAGGGAGAUGUGGUUCUUGAUCAGGAAGAACAGGCUCGGACUCAUCGCGCAGGCGGAGAGCAGUGAGUCGGAGAUUACGGAGGGCGAUGCCAACGAUUUCAUGAAUGGAAAGUUGCAUAGUUAG